CAGGAGCCGAGAGGAGGAACCAGCUGACAGAGGAGCAGACACUGGACGAGGAGACACGUUUAUUACACAGGGGAUCUUCUCGAUGCGGCCGUCAGUUAGCUGGCGCUGAGGGCUUGUUGUGGAAGGCACGAUGCCCCAGGACGCUAACAUGAUCAGCCUGAGCUUCCUGUCUGACUCCGAGCGGGAGCGGAUCCUGGAGGUGCUGCAGCGGGACGAGGAGCUGAGGCAGGGGGAGGAGACGCGUGUGCGGAAGUUGAAGACAGAGUUGCUGGACGUGAAGAGGAAAGGGGCCAAACGUGGCAGUGGAAAAUACAGUCAGCGUAUUUGUGGCCGAUGCCUGGAGCCUCUGAGUCGACUGACUUUCUUCUCCACUCAGUGCAAGACGUGCAAUCACCAUGUGUGCAGCAACUGCCGAACAGCCCUCCCCAACGGAUCCUGGCUGUGCUCUGUGUGCGCCAAAGAAUCGGAUCUGAAGAAAAGGACGGGUGACUGGUUUUACGAUCAGAGAGUCAACCGGUUCUAUGAAACGCCAGGACACAACCUGGUGAAGGUCUCGCUGAAAAAGAAACCCCAGUUGAAGAAGCGUGAGACGACCGGAGAACAGCUGUUGAGAAAUACAGAAAUAAACCCAGAUCCUCCCUUUCCCGUGCCUCUGCCCAGGCAGAAAAAUCAAGCGGACAACAAAGGACAUUCAAGCAAGAAUUCAGUUGCUUCGAAGGAAUCGUUUGAAUCCAAGGAGGACGUCGGGUCAAAGUUGACAUGCAGUGAUACAGAGUCUGCAGAAAAUGCCAGUUUAGGCAGCAACAAAACUGAGACUGAGUCCGGCUCUAUGACCCCUGAGCAGCCAAGGAGAGGGAAGCAGUCUCUCCAGUCCAGUCCAACAGGCUCCAAUGUUUCCAGUCUGACCAUCCCAGUCAAAACACGUGUGGUUACCGUCGACACCAACACAGAAGCAAACACUGCCCCAGAAGUCAAACCCGUCAGUCCGAGCCCGGAGCUGGACGUUGACAGACUUUUCAAGAAGAGCCUUAGACGACCCCCGAAGCCUCCUGAGAGCGUGUCGACAUUCGACCUGCGCGAAGCUAUCGAGGCACCUGACGCCUCGAUGGGCUACCGGAGUCACUCUGUACCAGGCUUAGAUGUUAAGGAAGCUGAAGAGGAAGAUGAAGAUAUUGACAGCCUGGUCAGCUUUCACAAAAGGUCAAUAAUGUCCAGCUCCUCCAGCCUGCAAAGCUCACAGAACGCGCUUGGCAGCACGAUGAGUAUUUACAGUGAAGCAGGAGACUUUGACAGCGUGGAGGUGAGCGGGAACAUCGUGUUCUCGAUGAGCUACGACGAAGACAGCCAGAGCCUCCACGUCUUCAUCAAGGAGUGCCACGGGCUGGCUUACGCCGAUGCCUCACGCCAGCUUUCAAACCCUUAUGUCAAGUGCUAUCUGCUCCCCGACAAAUCUCGCCAGAGUAAAAGGAAGACCACCAUCAAGAGGAACACCAUCGAGCCCGUCUAUAAAGAAACACUUAAGUACCCCAUCAGCCGCUCUCAGCUGUUCACCCGCUCCAUGUCAAUAUCAGUGUGGCAUCACGGUCGCCUCAGCCGCAACGCCUUCCUGGGAGAAGUGGAGAUCCCUCUGGACUCCAGAGACCUCGACUCCCCAGACGAGGACAAUGUGGCUCUGAUGUCAAAGGCAGCCUCCACUGCACAGACUUCAGCUUUUGCUCAGUAUAAAGGAGAGUUGGUGAUCUCCUUGAAGUACGUCACACCUAAAAAGCAGGCGACUGAGAAAACCAAAGUCAAGAAGAAAGAAGCAGCGACGGAACCCAGGGGAGAACUGCACGUCUUAAUCAAAGAGGCAAAUAAUUUGAUGGCAAUGCAACCAGGAGGGACAUCAGAUAGCUUUGUGAAGGGAUACUUGUUCCCAACGAAAGGGAAGAGCACAAAGAGGAAGACUCCCGUCGUAAAGAAGAGCCUGGACCCCCACUACGACCACACGUUCGUGUACAAGGACCUGGCUCUGGAGCAGCUGAGGGAGAUGUGUCUGGAGCUGACUGUGUGGGACAAGGAGACCAUGCUGAGCAAUGAGUUCCUAGGAGGGGUCCGCCUCAGCUCAGUCAAAGGCACUGUAAAAAUAAGCAAGGAGGAAGUGGAAAUGGACUCGGUCGGAGAGGAGGUCAGCAUGUGGGAGAAGAUGAUGCAGUACCCUGACUCGUGGGCAGAGGGAACUCUUCCACUGCGAUCCACGAUGCGGAAGGACGAGGGCGAAUGAGGACGGCAGCUCAGCCUUGGACCUUCAAGGAAAAGAGACUGAAAGAGGAGCCGCUGUGACCUCUGAGACGAAAGUGAGACUAAUGAGGAAUGUGGAUUUGUUUUAUUUCAUCCGACUCAUCAGUUUACUGGCCUCCUGAACAACAGACAUCUGUUCACACCCCCUCACACACACACACACACACACACACACGCUGCAGACUGGUGUUACUGCUGGGAAUGGGCCAAAGCAUACAACACUAUGUCUUUAAUCCAAGAGCAUUGACACAGUGGUUUUAUAUUUUUUAAAUUCAGGCUUCAAACAUUUAAAUCAUGCACAGCACUUAGCACAGAAACGGGGUCACAAAUGUGUUUCUUUAUAGUUGUACACAAAAUUUGUGUUGUUGCAUUUUACAAAUUGUGGUUAGUUUAAUCUGCAACAUUUUAUUUUGCACAAAUAUUAUCAUAUACAUAAAACUAUAUUUAUAUAAAACGAAUAAAGUCUAACUUAAAAUUGUUA